CGGUCGCCGCCCGCCCGCCCGCCCUUGCCCCGGGGGGAUCCGGUCCGCUCCGGCGAGGCCUGCCGGGCCGAGGGGAGUAGGCCCCGGCGGCGAAGAUGGCGGACCCGGCCGAGUGCAACAUCAAAGUCAUGUGUCGCUUCAGGCCCCUCAACGAGUCUGAGGUGACCCGCGGCGACAAGUACGUCGCCAAGUUCCAGGGCGAAGACACCGUCAUCAUCGCGUCCAAGCCUUACGCAUUUGACCGUGUCUUCCAGUCAAGUACAUCACAGGAGCAAGUAUACAAUGACUGUGCAAAAAAGAUUGUUAAAGAUGUACUUGAGGGAUACAAUGGAACAAUAUUUGCAUAUGGACAAACCUCCUCGGGGAAGACUCAUACAAUGGAGGGAAAACUUCACGAUCCUGAUGGCAUGGGAAUUAUUCCAAGAAUAGUGCAAGAUAUUUUUAAUUAUAUUUACUCUAUGGAUGAAAAUUUGGAAUUCCACAUUAAGGUGUCAUACUUUGAAAUCUAUUUGGAUAAAAUAAGGGACCUUUUGGAUGUUUCAAAAACCAAUCUUUCUGUCCAUGAGGAUAAAAAUAGAGUUCCUUACGUAAAGGGCUGCACAGAGCGUUUUGUAUGUAGUCCAGAUGAGGUUAUGGAUACCAUAGAUGAAGGAAAAUCCAACAGACAUGUAGCAGUUACAAAUAUGAAUGAGCACAGCUCUAGAAGUCACAGCAUCUUUCUUAUUAAUGUAAAACAAGAAAACACUCAAACAGAACAGAAACUGAGUGGAAAACUUUAUCUAGUGGACUUGGCUGGUAGUGAAAAGGUUAGUAAAACUGGAGCUGAAGGUGCUGUACUGGAUGAAGCAAAGAAUAUCAACAAGUCACUGUCAGCCCUUGGGAAUGUGAUUUCUGCAUUGGCUGAGAGUAGCACAUAUGUUCCGUAUCGAGAUAGUAAAAUGACAAGAAUCCUUCAAGAUUCACUAGGUGGCAACUGCAGAACCACCAUAGUAAUUUGUUGUUCUCCAUCAUCAUACAAUGAAUCUGAAACUAAAUCUACACUCCUAUUUGGUCAAAGAGCCAAGACAAUUAAGAAUACAGUUUGUGUCAAUGUGGAGCUAACUGCUGAACAAUGGAAGAAGAAAUAUGAAAGAGAAAAAGAAAAAAACAAGACAUUACGCAACACUAUUCAGUGGCUUGAGAAUGAACUUAAUCGCUGGCGCAAUGGGGAGACUGUGCCAGUUGAUGAACAGUUUGACAAAGAAAAAGCCAACUUGGAAGCUUUUGCAGCAGAUAAGGAUAUUUCUGUUAUUAAUGAUAAGCCAACAGCUACGAUUGGAGUAACUGGAAAUUUUACUGAUGCUGAGAGAAGGAAAUGUGAAGAAGAAAUUGCUAAAUUGUAUAAGCAACUUGAUGAUAAGGAUGAAGAAAUUAAUCAGCAAAGUCAGUUGGUAGAGAAGCUAAAGACCCAGAUGUUGGAUCAGGAAGAGCUAUUGGCAUCAACAAGAAGGGACCAAGAUAAUAUGCAAGCUGAGUUGAAUCGCCUCCAGGCCGAAAAUGAUGCCUCAAAGGAGGAAGUGAAAGAAGUGUUACAGGCUCUGGAGGAACUUGCUGUCAACUAUGAUCAGAAAUCUCAGGAAGUUGAAGACAAAGCCAAGGAGUAUGAGCUGCUUAGUGAUGAACUCAAUCAAAAAUCGGCAACGUUAGCCAGUAUAGAUGCUGAACUUCAGAAACUGAAAGAAAUGACCAAUCACCAGAAAAAACGGGCAACCGAGAUGAUGGCAUCAUUACUGAAAGACCUUGCUGAAAUCGGAAUUGCUGUAGGAAAUAAUGAUGUAAAGCAACCUGAAGGAACUGGCAUGAUAGAUGAAGAGUUCACUGUUGCAAGACUGUACAUUAGUAAAAUGAAAUCAGAAGUGAAAACAAUGGUAAAGCGUUGUAAACAGCUAGAAGGGACACAGACUGAGAGCAAUAAAAAGAUGGAAGAAAAUGAAAAGGAACUCGCAGCAUGUCAGCUUCGGAUCUCACAGCAUGAAGCGAAAAUCAAGUCCUUGACUGAAUACCUUCAGAAUGUAGAACAGAAGAAAAGGCAGCUGGAGGAGUCCGUUGACUCCCUUAAUGAAGAGUUAGUUCAGCUUCGGGCCCAGGAGAAAGUGCAUGAAAUGGAAAAGGAGCACUUGAAUAAGGUUCAGACUGCAAAUGAAGUCAAGCAAGCUGUUGAACAACAGAUACAAAAUCACAGAGAAACUCAUCAAAAACAAAUUAGCAGUCUGAGGGAUGAAGUUGAUGCGAAAGAGAAACUUAUUACUAACCUUCAAGACCAAAAUCAGAAAAUGAUACUGGAGCAGGAACGUUUGAGAGUUGAGCAUGAGAAAUUAAAAGCUACAGAUCAAGAAAAAAGCAGGAAAUUGCAUGAACUUACGGUUAUGCAGGACAGACGGGAACAAGCAAGACAAGACUUAAAGGGUUUGGAGGAGACUGUGGCAAAAGAACUUCAGACCCUGCACAAUCUUCGGAAGCUGUUUGUCCAAGAUCUGGCUACCAGAGUUAAGAAGAGUGCUGAGAUUGAUUCUGAUGAUACUGGAGGCAGUGCAGCCCAAAAACAGAAGAUAUCCUUUCUUGAGAAUAACCUUGAACAGCUCACAAAAGUGCACAAGCAGUUGGUACGUGAUAAUGCAGAUCUUCGUUGUGAGCUCCCUAAACUGGAGAAGCGACUUAGAGCUACAGCUGAACGAGUUAAAGCAUUGGAGACUGCACUGAAAGAAGCCAAAGAAAAUGCAUCUCGUGAUCGUAAACGAUAUCAACAAGAAGUAGAUCGUAUUAAGGAAGCAGUCCGAUCCAAGAAUAUGGCCAGAAGAGGACAUUCUGCCCAAAUUGCUAAGCCUAUCCGUCCAGGGCAACAUCCAGCUGCUUCUCCAACUCAUCCAAGUGCAAUUCGUGGCGGAGGUGCAUUUACUCAAAACAGCCAGCCUGUUGCUGUGCGCGGUGGUGGAGGCAGACAAGACAAAGUCUGCUGAAAAGUUAUAUGCAUUAUGAAGAGGAUGGGAUAUCAACAGAGCGUCAUUCCAUGACACCACACUUUCCCUCUGGGGAUUGUAGGAUUGUUACUUUCUCUCUUUUUUUUUUUUCUUUGAAAAUGUAUAAAUUAUACCUGGCCUGUACAGCUGUUCCCUUCCCUCUCUCCCACUCCACCUUGCAAAUUCUGCUGAUUAAUUCCCAACCCAACUAGAGUGCAAUUUUGGCGUCUUGGAAAAUGACAGUAACUGAAAGUGUAGCUAAAUUCAUUACACGGUUUGUCUUUCAUGUCUUAAAUUUAGUCUGCACUGUGCCAAGUUGAAUGUACAUUACAGGUUAAAAGAAACUUAAAUUUAAAAUCCGUAGUUUAAUUUGUGGACAUUUUCCUGUCUUAAGGAACAUGUAACAAUAUUGAAGCAUAGAUUUAAUGUUUUAUGUUUUACCACUUUAAUUAUAACACUACUUAUCCAACUGAAUGGGUCAGGGCAGCACUGUAUAUUAAAGUUCCUGAAAUGACAGGGUAAAAAUGGAUUUGUGUAGUGUCUGGAGUUGCUUCUGACAACUGUUUUUGGGCGCUGAAAUACUGAAACUACAGAACUAGGGAUUUUAAUUUGAACAAGGCUGCUAAAUUUUUUUUAAUUAAUUAAAUGCCUGCUAAUAGGUAACUUGAGUUAAGUACUAGACAAUAACAGGAGUAAACCUACGUUUACAUGUGAUAAUUUUUUUUUUUGGCAAAUGAACAUUUGUCCUGUUUUUGAUUCUGUACACAGCAUAGCUUGAGGGUUGAAAAAUCCUGCUUCAUUCUGAUGAGCCUGCUAGCGACACAAGAAUUGACAAAAUGGUUAUUUAUCAUCUUUAGUGACGUGAACUAAGACGGUGUAGAAUUAGACUAACUUUUUUCCCAUUGUAAGUAAUGAACUGGUCGAGUCUGAAUUUAGCCUUUUGAUAAUGAGAAAUGCAAGAACAGUACAGCUAAUGAAAUGAUGUGGACAAAGUAGACUUCAGUACAUCUUACUUGGAAAUUCCUGGGGUGUAUUUUAAAGAUCUGCUACAGUAAAUCACACACUGUAAUUUAUUCUUGUCAAGUCUAGAAAUAUUGAAAUGUCACUCCAAAUAUCUUAAGUGAGCAAGUUUUUUUCACAUUUGUAAAAGUAAAUGAGUGCAUCGUUGGGGUAGAGGAUUUUUGUUGCAUUUUAGUCCAUCAUAUAAUUAGUUGUAAACUAUUAUAGUAUUCCCAAUACUUUAUCAGAUUGAAAUGUCACGUAUUUAAGUAAUAUCAUCAAUAUGGAAAAGAGGGGGUCCAUUUUGUGCUUCAUUUUUUAGCAGUGGAGUUCUGAGAGUGGAUUUGGGGUUCUAUUAGUGUACACAGUGUGACAUUCUAUAUUAAGAUCUUGUUGGCAAAUAGCUUUUUUAAAAAGUUUUUAUAUGAAAUUAAAUAGUUGCAGUACGAUAUAAGGAACCAGUCAGAAGUUUGGGGCCCUAAUUGGCUUAUUUUUCUAUUUCCUGCUGUAAUUUCCACUUUUAUAAUAGUUUUGGUUUGAAGGCUGAAUUAUUUAUUUUCAUUGGAAGCCAGAAAUCCUUGUUGUUGCAGGUCUUCAGUAGUUGUGUUGACGAUAGGACUGACAGAAGCACUCCAAACUAAGACGAAAUCCUUGUUCAGCAAGACAGAUGUAGGGUGAUUCGCUAAGAAAGAAAAUGAUGCAGCAUUUCUGAUAAACUGAGUUCACUAAAAGGAAACAUCUUUAACCACUAGCUGCAUGUACACAGGUCCUCGAAUUUUUACAUUAGCUCAAAAACUGGCUUCCUUGAAAAUAUACAUAAAUGAAGCAGAAUUUUUUCUCUUAUCUGUAUAUGGUAGUUUCAUUCCUGUAAGUAAUGUAUCACGGGUAUUGGUGCUGAACAUUGCCGUGUAAUAAAUUGUAACUAGCAUGUAGCUCAAAAUAUAUAAUGUUUCCUUUUUAUAGCUAAAAGAUUUUCUUUAAACAUUUUACAAAGUUUACCAAGACUUGCAUCUUAAAUUUUUCAAGGAAACUGCUGUUUUUUGGCUCUACUACAGUAGGCCAUUUAAACAGGACAAUUAGUGUUUGUAAAUGAAAAUCAUCAACCUGUUAAUGUUAAAUGCAAAGCUAUUUCAAUUUGCAAUCUCCAUUUUUUUUUGCGUGGUUUUUAUUUUUAUUUUCCUCUGAAUCGUAUUGUUGGUUUAGAAGAGAAGCUCAGUGAAAUAAAAGAAUAAUAUUUAUUCAUGGUGAUCAACUAAAUUAUUUUCAUAAUUUAAGAAUACUGACUCGCUACUGUGUGUAACUCUAAAUUUGACAUGAGAUGACAGAGAAGAGUUUACCUGUGGAAUAUGGAAACUUUAAUUUUCAGUGUAUGGUGAUGCAUUUAAAAAUAAUUGGUUUGGGGAAGACGCCAUAUAGGUUUAACUUACCUGCAUGCUGUAAAUGUAUUUGUGUUUAAAUAAAGAGGAAAAAAGUCAAA